AUGAGUAAACGAGCGCCGAUAGUUUUGAGACUGGCGCUCACUAGCCUGCGUAGAUGCCCAAGAGGCGUCCUUGCGCAGCAACGUCCGCUCCGCCUGCCUGGCCACGUCGUCGUCGUCGAGUGCCAUCGAUGGCGUCGGUGUCGGAGCGUUCGUAACCUCGACCCAUGCUCUGGUCUCCUGGACCUCUCCUGCGACAGCUCACCGACACUCUCCUUUGACGACAGCCGUUCAGCUCGAGCUGUUCGCCCUCGUGCGAUGAUUCGAGGUACGGUGACGAGGCUGAGCCCCGUCGUACGUGACCAAGUUUGGCCGACCAUCGGGCGUGUCCCUCCUCCUCUCUGUUGGCCGGAGCCGUUGAGGUUCAGCCUCGGUGCGUCACAGCUGGGAGGAAAAUACGAGGUACGGCGGUGUGACGGGCCGCCGACGUCCUGCGGGCAACCAGGAGCAAGAAACGACAAACGAGACCCGCCAGCCUGA